AACAACCCAGCCAUGGGAGUUAAAAAGAAGAGAAAAGUGCCAUUCCACCUCCCCAGGGACCCCUGGGCCAACAACUGCUCCCUGGGCAUCGCGGAUGCCCAGAUGCGGGACAGUGGAAACUAUUAUUUUCAGCUGAUGAGAGAAGAUGAUGUGAAACACAGUUACAAAAAUAACCUGCUCACUGUGCAUGUGACAGAGCUGAAAUGGACCCCUGAUAUCUACAUCAAGGAGCCCCUAGAGUCCGGCUCCAGCAGCCAUGUGACGUGCUCCAUGCCAAGGGCCUGUGACUGGGCCACGCCUCCCACCAUCUCCUGGAUGGGGACCGCCCUCCGCCCCCCAGGACUGGAUUCCAAGGGGGCCUUUAACUCCUCGGAAAUCCUGCUCACCCCCCGCCCUCAGGACCACGGCACCAACCUCACGUGCCAGGUGACCUUCCGCAGGGCUGGCGUGAGCAGAAACACAACUGUAACCCUCAACGUGUCCUACGCCCCCCAGAACCUGAUGGUCAGCAUCUCCCAAGGAAAUGGCACAGAGCUGAAACACCUGGGGAACGGCUCAUCUCUUCCUGUCCUGGAAGGAGAAUCUCUGCGCCUGCUCUGUGUCACCGACAGCAACCCCCCGGCCACACUGAGCUGGGCCUGGGGCAACCAGACCCUGAGCCCCUCACAUCCCUCAAACCCCGGGGUCCUGCAGCUGCCCCGGGUGGGGCUGGGCCAUGAAGGCGAAUUCGCCUGCCAAGCUCAGUACCCUCAGGGCUCCCUGCGGGUCUCCGUGCAUCUCUCUGUGCAGACCCCCCCGCAGCUGCUGGGACCCGCCUGCUCCCAGGAGGGUGAGGGUCUGCACUGCAGCUGCUCCUCCCGAGCCCAGCCGGCCCCCUCCCUGCGCUGGCGGCUGGGGGAGGGGCUGCUGGAGGGGCAGCUCAGCAACGCCUCCUUCAAGGUCACCUCCAGCUCGUCUGGGCCCUGGGCCAACAGCUCCCUGAGCCUCAGCGAGGGGCUCCGCUCCGGCCUCAGACUCAGCUGCGAGGCUCAGAACGUCCACGGGGCCCAGAGCGCCACCGUCCUACUGCUGCCAGGGAAGCCCAGACUUGGAGGAGAAUUCAUUCUGGGGGCUGUUGGGGGAGCUGGUGUCGCUGGCCUGCUCAGUCUCUGUUUUUGCCUCUUCUUCUUCACAGUGAAGACUUUCAGGAAGGCAGCAGGUGAGAAGGAGGAGCCCUCCAUGCCGGGUCCCACCUCCCAGGGUUAUCAGCAUGAGUGUCCUCCAGGCAGCCCCCUGGACCUCCCACCCCCAGGGGUGGCCAGCCCCACCUCUGGGGAGGAACAGGAGCUCCAUUAUGCCUCCCUCAAUCUCCACGUGCUGGGGCCCUGGGAGCCUCAGCACCAGGAGGCCACCAGUACCACUGAAUAUGCUGAGAUCAAGAUCUGUAAAUGACGACCGCCCGCUCCGGUGACCUCUAGCUGGAGGGCCCAGGGCUUCUCCAGAAAGGGAGACAUCAGGGACAAUUCCUGAGAGAAUAGUUUUCCAUGUACACAGGGCUACCAAUGAGUGUCUGGGAGUUCUGCUGGUGGGAUGAUGGGCAGAACUGGGCUCAAAUUUCAGCCCUGUCACCAAUGACAAAUGUGAGUCUGAGCAAGUCACUUUCCUUCUCGGUCUCCCGCUCUGUAAAAUGGACACAAUAAACCUAACUCACAGGGUUGUCGUGGGGUGUCAAGGCAGUAAUUAAUGUAAAGUGUGCCACAGGAGUGAACGUGCAGAGGGCAUCAUGCCCAAGGUCAAACCUUGUCCUAUGGCAGCCCACCUGGGAUAAGGGUCUGGCAUCCUGGCCCAAAUGGGGACCACUUUGCAGGGCUGUCUAGCUCCAGAACUCUCCGAAGGCUCGGCCGAGGCUGUUGUUGGGCUGCAUGGCAUCCCUCUGCCCCACCUGCCCCCUUCCCCUCCCCUCCACUGGGACCCACUCCUGGGGCACUUCCUCGUGAACACACUGCAUACUGGUGUCUCUCUGACCUUGCUUCCUUGAAACCCAACUUGUGUAUUUUCUCAGACAAAAAAAACAUUCACCGAUUAUCUGAAAUAAAUGACAGGGGACCUCUUUAAUUCUGUGUCCUUGAUAUUUGGGUUCUCCUUAAGAGUUUCUUCUUUUUUGCAGAACUGGCUUACAAAAUUCCUUGCAGUUCCAGUCUGUGUCCAUUUACAUUGUAAUAU